CAACGAACUCCUUCAUAACAACCCUUUGUGUAUUGGUUUAGAUAAAGGAAAAGUAAAGAUUCUUACUUACCUUACACAGCAAAAUUUUCUCCAUGAAGCUAAACAACCACCAAAGUAACCUCCAGCACAAACCUACAGUUAGCUUGUGUCACAAGUUUAAAACCCAGAUUCACAAUAUAUACAUAGUUAGGAUUCACAAAUCGAUAUGACCAAAAAUUUGAUAUGGAGUUCCAUACAUUUUCCAACGAAAUUGUAUUCUUCGAUCUAGAAACAAACGUACCAAACAAAACAGGACAGCAUUUUCACAUCCUCGAGUUUGGUGCGAUCAUCGUAUGUCCAAGAACACUCGAGGAGGUAGAGAGAUUCACAACGCUUAUACAACCCAAAGACCUUUCGGUGGCUUCGUUGAGGUCGUCUAGGUCAGACGGGAUCACGAGGGAUAAGGUCGCGGAUGCACCAAGUUUCGAAGAUGUGGCUGAGAAGAUCUAUGGUCUAUUGAACGGUCGGAUUUGGGCAGGUCAUAACAUUAGAAGGUUUGACUGCGUUAGGAUUAAGGAAGCCUUUGCUGAGAUUGGUAAAGCUGCGCCUGAGCCCUCAGGGAUCAUUGAUUCUUUGGGGUUAUUAAGCGACAAGUUUGGCAAAAGAGCUGGUAACAUGAAGAUGGCAAGUUUGGCUGCGUAUUUUGGUCUUGGAGUGCAAAAACACAGGAGUCUUGAUGAUGUUCGAAUGAAUUUAGAGGUCCUCAAGCAUUGUGCAACAGUGCUUUUCUUGGAAUCUACACUUCCCAAUCAAUUGGAAGGAAAAUUGGAAAGUUCUUCAAAAAUAAUGACAAGAAGUCGAAGUAGUUACCAAACAGCCCAAAGGGCAAUGCCUUACUCCAAGGGUAGUCUCGUGAAGAUGACACAUAAUGUGAAGGAUCUCCUAAGCAAAGCUCAAGGCAACCAAGCUCUUCAAAGCUUGAUUAAACAUUCUCAUUCUUUGCUUAGAUGAUUACUGCACCCCUUAGUGAUUAUUAUUAUUUUUCUAAUUUGGAAAAUAAAUUCAAUUGUAUAUGUUGCACAUUUGUAUUUACGUUAUCCACUAUAUUGCCAGAAGUUCAGUAGAAAACUAUUAAUUUUGUGUUUCCCAUCACUGGUAUCCUUAUCCUAUGUGUACUUAACCUCCAUAUGUAUGGAACGUUGUAGAAGUACCCCAACA